AUUUGGCUAGAACUUUCCCAAAAAGCGUCAUACUUUGUUGGACAAUUGUUGAGUAGAUCGGAAGUAGAUUCGCUGUGAUAUCAUUGCGUUUUUUCACUGACUGAGUUAAUUUUGUGAAUAUUCCCUUGAGAAAAGCUACGAUUUUGCCGGGAAUUUCUCAAAUGUUCAACUCGAAAAACUCUUCCACGGCACAAGACGUGGAUAUUGGGCUGAUGCAGCUGAGAAUUCUUGAACCUACAGAGAAGGAAACGCCGAAACAGUCGAAGAAGAAAGUGGCUCCUGGAACCUCGAGGCGCCGGAAGAAAUCGAGAUACAAGAGAUCGAAAAGCACGGACAACUCAAGAGUUGUCGAGCUCCGCAAAGAGAGAUCUCGAGAUGCUGCAAGAAGCAGACGCGGCAAGGAGAAUGCUCAGUUUGAUGAGCUGGCUAAGCUCCUGCCCCUACCCCCAGCUAUCACUUCGCAACUGGAUAAAGCUUCCAUUGUCCGUCUUACAAUCAGUUACCUGAACAUGAAGCAGUUCGGCAAGAGAGGAAAACAUUUUCGUGUGGGUUCGGACUGCUCGCAGAUGUCUGUGUCAUCAUCAUCACCCAUGUCAGAUUUGGAUGGAGAACUUCACACAGAGAGUCCCUCUCCACCUUCUUCUAUUUCUUCUCCACCAGCAGUCGCAAGUUCCUCUACAGGUGCAGUUGUGCCAUACAGCUCAGGCACUAAUUACAGUGAUCUUGCUGCAAACAGUGGUAUAUUUUUGUUGCAGGCUUUGGAUGGGUUCCUGUUUGUUCUCUCCAGUGAUACCAAAGUCCUGUAUGUUUCAGAGACUGUGUCUGUUCAUCUUGGACUGUCACAGGUUGAGCUGACUGGAAGCAACAUGUAUGGCUACAUUCACCCAGAGGAUCAACAGGAUCUUGCCAAUGUGUUGCAAGCUGCAAAGGAAGAAUUGGAAAACAAUGGAAACUGUACUCCUUCAUCAUCAGGGAGAUACACAGAUGAUAUUCCUUUCUUUGGAAACCAGACAGGUUUUCUUGAUGAGAAUGGGCGGCCCAAUGCACAGAAACCAAAGUCAUUUUUCUUGCGAAUGAAGUGCACUCUGGUGCGCAGAGGAGGUUCUUAUACCAAAUCAUCUGGAUUCAAGGUUAUUCACUGCAUGGGAAGAAUGAAGCCAUAUUCUGCCGGUGGCCUUCCUGGGCCCAAGUAUGCAUUUGUCGCAAUUGGACAACCUCUGCCUACAAUGAACAUCAAUGAGCUCCCAUUGGAAUGUAACAUGUUUGUUAGCAGAGUGAACAUGGAUCUCAGAAUUGUUUAUUGUGAGGGAAGAAUUCACAAGUUUAUGGACUACUUUGCUCGAGAUAUUGUUGGAAUAUCAGCAUAUGAUUUCUAUCACGGCAAUGACAUUGCUGUCAUCCAAUCACACCAUGCAAAAUUUCUAACCAAGGGUCAAGUUCUCACCAAGUACUAUCGUUGGAUGAACAAAAAUGGCGGGUGGGUGUGGAUGCAGACCAAAGCUUCUCUUAUUCCUCAUCCAACAAACCCAGAACUCAAACAAAUGCUGUGUCUGAACUACAUUGUGAGUGAUGUAGAACACCGUGGUGUUGUACUUGGAAUGGCGCAAUUGGAGGACAAACCACCUCUCACAAAUACUCGUAUCACUGAGGUGGAAAACGAGGCAGACACGACUGGCGAGCUAAAAGAUGCGCAAUACGACGAUCAAGUCAUGAUUUAUCCAAAGUGGCAUGAAACAUCUGACAACCUUGUUCCAAAACCCACCUUGAUGGACACCAUCGCCCUCGACCGGACGGGGUAUCCCAAAACCACGUCAGCCGAUAUCACUGGCUUUGAUAAUGAAGUGUUCACCACCUCAACUGCCGAACCAUGGGGACAAGCUACUUCCAACACCUGGAGUAAAUACCAUACAUUGUCCAGGGGCAAUAGUAUCCCGGGAGAUGGAGGGUCGACAAGUACCUUGGAGGAAGACGUAGAAGACUGGGCAAAAAUGAUUAGGGCUGAGCUGCCUGAGUUAGAUCAGGACAUUAUUAAGUACGUGGCAACUGGAAGUGAGAUCCCUCAGCCGGACACAAGCCUUGAAUCUCUACUCCUGAAUCAUGGCCUAGACGGAUUGCAGACUAAUGGUACGAUCCAAAAUUUGGUGACACCAAAGAUUGAAGAAAUUACUAUGGAGAGUGACGACUUUCCACUGCCCUCAGUACCUGGUGUGAACACUCAGCCGAUGCCUCCUCCCAGUGUGCCAUCACGAGCAUAUGAAAAUUUUCCUGUAGAUGAUUUCGCCCGUGACACCAAACCUAAUUUAAUUCCUAUUGAACUUGAAGGUGCCUUGAGUGUGGUAGGAGGCCCAAAGCCUCGAGGCAGCAACAGUCCUUGCAGGUUUGGCAGUGCAAAUUCAUCUGGGGAGAGGAGAUUCCAUCCUAAGGCGCCACCUGUAUUUAAUCAUCCGAGCACUGCUACUCCUUCGAGUGCUCCCAUGAUGAAUAUAACGCAAAGCAUCCCGACUGCAAGAGCUCCAAACACCAUCACGACAACACAGGUUAGAAAUAUCCAAGCAAGGGUUCCACAACCACCAAGAAACGAUCUGGCAUCAACAGGCACUGGAUCUUUUAGAGUUCCAACGGACGUUUCACGAAUUUCAAAUCCAAAUGAUGGAAAAAUGCAGUUCUUUCAACAACUAAAGGAAGUUGCCUCACAAGAAUUGACGGAUGAAAUGAUAAUUGAUGUUAUCGACGAACUGAUGGCUGAUACAGACCAAAGAAGAGACGGUAGGCUCGCGGAAAUUAUGCAGCAAGGAGGGUACGUUCAGGUGGAGGAGAUGCCUGUGAUCAAGCAAGAAGUGGUUACUCCUACGUUGCCAGAUCCACCGAGUUCAUUUCCAAGUUUUUCGGAUAGCAUCGCAACACAGAGUAGUCAACCACGGGUUGUUAACAGUUCUUCUACCCGUUACACAUCUGCAGAUACUUUCAGCCGGCUUCCAGGAAGUCAGAAUACAUUUGUUACUCAGCCAAGAGCUCCACAAAAUGGAACUGUUCACAAACAAGGCCUCACGAUGAGAUACCAAAAUGGAAAUUCUCAUACUCGGUUUGUCAACCAAGAGGACAGCAACAUGAACUUUUUGAACUUUUCCCCAAAUGAAAGCGUGACCAGCACGCAAACUGGAACGUCGACAACGACUAAUAACAUGUGGAACGCCAACUCUGGUUUUAAGCCGAAUCCUAUGCAACAAGGAAUACGAAACUUGUUGCAAAGCAACAACAGUGUACCGCCCAUUCAAACCACGAACUUGAACUCGCAGCUGAAUGUUGGCAUGUUUCCUCAGCAGACCGACUUGUCUUUCUUGUCGCAGCAGAACGUGAACAACAUAAUGCCUGAGAACGGCACGAGAAAUGUACCAACUAACAAUGUGAUAACUCAGCUUGACCUGCAGGAGUUGAACUCUCUGAUCCAGUCCACCGCCCUUCCAGCUCAGAGUUAUCAGAACAUCAAUGGCGGCUCCAUACCACAACAUUAUCCCAAGGUUGACAUGCAGAGAAAAUUAUGACAAUCACGGGAGUUACCUCGUCAAGGCCAGUUGUAAACAAGGUUGCUCACCGAUGGCAGCGUUGGCCCGUUUCUUCCAAGUGUAAGCUAGUCCAAUAUUGUGCUUCGGUACAAAUCAUCAGUGAAAAUUAUCCUAUUCACUAUUGUACUUCUGAUUUUAUUAGUGUACAAAUCUUCAUGCAUUGACAAGUAUUCGUAGAUUGCUGGCAGAAUCCCUCGGGUCGUUUAACAGGGCUCGACACUAACUUUUCAACUUACUGGCCAAGUGGCUAGUGACAUCUUCGAUGUUAUAGGGGCUACCAUUAGUGUCGAGCCCUGCAUCACCCUUUUUUUUUAUUAUGUACAUAAUUUUAAAUUUAUAAAGUAGUGUUCUCAUUAAUAUCGAAAAGGUGUCAAGGUAGAAUUUGUAAAAUUUAAUUUUAGUUUUCUUCCUGGGCAGAUAGCGCGUAGAAAAGAAACGAGCUCUUUUAUCUCUGUGUAUAUACGUUUCUGUUAAUAAUUAUUAGCAGUAAGGUGCACAACAGAAUAGAAAUUUAAUAGUCCCGUGUAAGAUAGAAAAACGUAUCAAUAGUAUUGUCAAGGUCAUGUGUGUAAGUACAUGUACUUAGCCACAUUUAAGUUACCUCAAUGUGUUUUUAUGUAUGGUUGGGGUUUAAAACAAUUGGCUUUUUUUAUUUGAUUGUGUUUGAGUAUUUGUUAGGGUGUUUUGUGUUACUAUUUUUUUGGUCAAAGACUCUGUAAGCGGUGAGGAAAAUUUAAGAGAUAAUGCAUGAUGCUGUUUUCCUUGCUCUACAUUAGAGUUACAUAAUUGUUACUCCUAGUUAAAACAUAUAUACUCCAAAAUGUACUUUCCAAAUCCUGGUGGUGGUCUUGUUCUCUUUGCAAGGUUUAGCAGCUGUGGUUUUGUUUUGAUUUUGGUCCAAUCAACACCACUACAUAGAAUUACAGAAUUCGGCAAUGUUUAAGCCAGUCUGCAAGGCAACAUUUCUUAAUACAAGUACUCAAAGAGUAUUAUUGAUAUUAAGUUUAGUAAGUUGAUUGAUUGAUUCGAUGAAAUGCUGUGUAAUAGUUUACCUUUUCUUGUUUGCAAUGAGUGGCGGGGAUUCACAUCACAGUUAUUGCUUUUUCUCCAGUUAUCCAAACUCAAUUAUGACAAAGAUUUGCUUGAAUAAUCUGAUGAAAAUACAAGAUCGUUGAAUUUUGGUUCAUUUGCGUAGUUCUUGACACAGCUCACAAUUUCAUAAGUGCUUAAAGGAAAUGUAAAGUGGUUAAAUAAGUGUGGAGUCAUUUCUUGAGAGCUCAAUACAGUAGGUAGGACCUCGUAAAGGUAAUGGAAGUAUUGGAAUGAUAGUACUCUAAAAGCCUCUUGAACUAAUAUAGCUGCUUUGUUACAAAGAGAAACUCCACCCCUCCCCCUUGGAAAGUUACUUUUGCUCCAAAUGUUCAUCGUUCCUUAAAAGAAAUUACAGUGCUAGGGCAUGCUAUAUAUCAUAAACAGUGGCUUGACACCGGAUUUGCUAAAAGUAGGUGUUAUUUUCAUAAAAUAAUUAUGACGAGUUUACGAAGCUAGAAACAAAAAUGUUAACGGAAUACCAUGCAGUAGUAGAUUCCACAUAGUGGGACAUGUAACGUUGUAGUUUGCUAAUAUUGUUAUACACAUUUCGCUGACAAGCAUAUUCACUUAGUUAAUUUCCCUUCAGAUUAACAAUAGCAGAGAAAAUGUAGCGCCAAUUUUGUGUAAGAUUCGUCUCGCAAGCCAGCUGAUUGAUCUCACCUGUAUCACUCCACCCGAGCGCGUGAGGUCUGGGUACAAGUGUAGUGUAACACUUAACUUAGUCAUUGUUUCAUCACUUCUGUAUUCUUUGUUUUUGUUUUUUGGCGAGCGUCAAAGCUCUCCUUAAGUGUUUUUCAUCAUAUAUUGAUACUUUGCGAGUCAAUUCCAUCAGUGUUGGUUCCUGCCUUCCUAGUUAAAUGUAAAACAGUAUUCUUGUCUCCAAGAGGUGCGGGAUUCGAUAGUUCUUAGAACGAGUCAUUGGUAAUUAAUGGGAAUGUAGUCACCGUGUGCCGGAUAAAUUAUUUCUCCUAUCUCUUUUGGGUGAGUCCCUUUCCAUCGAUAUUAAUCCUGGUCUAUUCCCAUUGCUCACGUUUGUGCUCGACUGGUUUUGAUUCUGCUCCCAAGCAACCUAUUUCCCUGUGCGUGGAAAGAAUGCUUUCCCUGUUGCAUUCAUCGCUGACAACACCUUUAGCUUCCUUGUACAAGUUGCGGGAGGCUAUGGGUUAUCACGAGCAAUCAUUUCCUUACCUUUUUUUUUUUUUUUUUCUAAGGUUUUUAUGUAUGGGCAGAGAAGAACACCGAUGGAAUAAACUUUGCCGGAAUAUAACAAGUGUAAUAAUCCAAUUCGUACAAUAUUAUUCGUGGGAGAACAUAUUUUCCCGUAAGACCAUUGCUGUAUGAGCAAUAAACUGUAAAGAUACCAUACA